AUGUACCUGUCAGCUCUUGUAAGGUCGACAUUGCCUUCCACCACAAUAAGACACUCCAGCGUCUUACUAAGACUUUCUAAACGAUGUAACUGGACAGCAAAGGGAAGGUCUGUUCAUUUACUUGCCGCUCAGAAAAGAGCAUCUUACCAGGACUAUAGGGUACAUGGCUGCGUGUCCAACAACAGCACCAGCAGUGGCUGUCAAAUAUCUCUUGGCAUUCAGUGCAAGAGGCAUCAUUCUACCGAAGACGGACAGGUUCGGGUGAGGUUCGCUCCUAGUCCAACCGGCUUCCUUCACCUGGGCGGCCUUCGCACAGCGCUGUACAACUACCUGUUUGCCAAGAAGUAUGGCGGCGCCUUCAUCCUGAGGCUGGAGGACACGGACCAGAGCAGACUGGUGCCCGGAGCAGCAGAGGCCAUAGAGGACAUGCUGGAAUGGGCAGGUAUUCCCCCAGAUGAGAGUCCAAGGCGUGGUGGCCCCUGUGGUCCCUACCAGCAGUCUGAGAGGCUGGGCCUGUACGAGGAGGCUGUGGCGUCGCUAUUGGAGACAGGCCACGCUUACCGAUGCUUUUGUUCCACACAGAGGCUGGACCUGCUGAAGAGAGAGGCACACAGACGCGGGGAGACACCGAGGUACGAUAACCGUUGUCGGCACCUGCGUCCUGAGCAAGUGUCGGAGCGCCUGUCUCGCGGUGACCCGCACGUGGUCCGCUUCAGGCUGGAGCCCGGCAGACCCGAGGCAGCGUUCCAGGACCUGGUCUUCGGACACAAUCUGCACGAGGUGGCGCUAGUGGAAGGAGACCCCGUUCUCCUGAAAGCAGACAGAUUCCCCACCUAUCAUCUGGCUAAUGUGGUGGAUGACCACCACAUGAAGGUGACCCACGUCCUGCGCGGCGUCGAGUGGCUCAUCUCCACCUCCAAACACCUGCUACUCUACGCUGCCCUCCAGUGGAGGCCGCCGACGUUCGCGCACCUGCCUCUGCUGAUGAACCGAGACGGCACCAAGCUCAGCAAGCGGCAGGGGGAUAUCUUCGUGGAGAGUUUCAGAGACAAGGGGGCGCUGCCAGAGGCUCUGCUGGACAUGGUGACCAACUGUGGUUCUGGAUUCAAUAGCAACCGUACGGGCCGGACGCUAGACGAGCUGGUUGCGGAGUUCAACGAGUCCAAGAUCACAACCCACUCGGCACUGCUGGACCUGGACAAACUGCCAGAGUUCAACAGGAUCCACCUGUUGCACAGGAUUGAGGAUGUGGAGCGAUGUCUCCCCCUUGUGGAGGAACUGAGGCAGGCCAUCAAGGAGACAUUCAGCUCUCAGAUACAGGAUCAGGAGGUGCUGGAGGACAGCUACAUACAACGGGUUCUUCACCUCCGAAAGGGUCACUUCUCGUCGCUGCGGGAGCUGCUGACCCCUACCUACGCGUAUCUGUGGAUCAGGCCGGCGGUUACCCAGCAACAGAUUCAAGACGUGACGUCAGACGCUCAGACCAUCGUCACACUGGUGAUCGAGUUGCUGCAGGGGGAUGCUGGUAGGGAGUUGACUAUAGAGUGGCUGGCUGCUGAGCUGAAGGCCGUGGCCAAGACCAUCAAGUCCACCAAGUACAGCUCAUUCAUGAAGCUCCUCAGGAUAGCACUUAGUGGACAGCAGCAAGGUCCAAGUGUUGCUGAAAUGAUGGUAUCUCUAGGAAGUGGAGAAACAUGCCAGAGGCUGCAGAGAGCUCUGCAACAUCGAUAACGAGACGAGAGGCGCGAAAAGCAUCUGUGAAAACAUUGUCUUCAUUUUUUUUAUUAUUAUUUCUUGAGGGUUUUUUUCCCUGUCGAAUGUGUGUAUAUACAAGCGGAUUCCAAAAAAGUUGGGACAC